UUAAUGUUUCGUUUAUUAUCUCGGCUAACAAGCCAGUGUUUAUUUCUGCGUAUCCGUAACAUAUUUUAGGAGCAGUUUCCUCAUGUGCAGUGCCGCAUGCUUUUAUCAUUGCAACGGAACGUUUCCUAGACCCAAUGAGGGUAAAAGAUCCACAUUUGAGAUUACCUGGCUCAGAAAUGCCAAAAAGGAGAAAAAAAGCAAAGAAUCCUCAGGAUGAGGACUCCUCUGAUGAUGUCCCUGGUUUAACAUGUUACCAUGUGAGUCAAGCAGUUGAUGUAAACCAAGUGAAGAAAACAGUCAGUCAGGCUAUGUGGUCUGUUUGCCAAGAGUGCCUCAAGGAAAGAAGAUCCUUUGAUGGUGAUUCAGUAACACCUGAUGUCUGGCUUUGCCUGAAGUGUGGUUACCAGGGCUGCAGUCAAAACUCAGAAGGACAGCACUCUAUGAAACACUUCCAGGCAGCCCGAACAGAACAUCACUGUAUUAUGGUAAACAUUAGCACAUGGACUGUGUGGUGCUAUGAGUGUGAUGAAGUACUGUUGACACACUGCAAUAAAAAGGCUCUGAGUCAAAUACUUGACUUCCUUCAGAAAUAUGCAGCCAGAGCAGGAGCAGCUGCAGCAUCUAAAGUUAUAAAAGUGCGAGAAGAAUGUGCAGAUGGUUGUGAUUUGCAUAAAGGGAAACACUCCUUCGGUAAUGUCUCUUCAGUUCCAGUCAAGGGUCUCAGUAACCUUGGAAAUACCUGCUUUUUCAAUGCUGUUAUGCAGAAUUUGGCUCAGACACACAUUUUGAAUGAAUUAGUGCAUGAGAUUAAAGAGAAAGAACCAAAACUGAAGAUCUCUGCACCUAUAGAAACCAAUUUGGAUCCUUUGGUUGUGACUCUUCCACGUCCUGGGCCAUUGACAUCAGCCAUGUUUUUGUUACUUCACAGUAUGAAAGAAACUGGAAAGGGGCCUGUUUCUCCCAAAAUACUGUUUACACAGCUGUGUCAGAAGGCACCAAAAUUUAAAGGGUUCCAGCAGCAAGACAGCCAGGAACUUCUGCACUAUUUGUUGGAUGCUAUAAGAGUCGAAGAGACAAAGCGUAUACAAACCGGUAUCCUGAAGUCUUUCAACAAUCCAACUACUAAAAAUGCAGAUGAAGAAACUAGACGGAAGGUAAAAGCAUAUGGGAAAGAAGGUGUGAAGACAAACUUUGUGGAUAGGAUAUUCGUUGGGGAAAUAACUAGCACUGUCAUGUGUGAAGAAUGCGGACAUAUUUCUUCAGUGAAGGAGCCAUUCAUUGAUUUGUCUCUUCCUAUCAUUGAAGAAAGGGUGUCUAAGCCUAUAUGUACAGGAAGAACAAGUAAGCAAAAAAAUUUUCAGGAUGCAGAAAAUGGACAUGGUACUCCCCAGUUGAACAAGCAGGAUGGGCUUUCUGCUCUCCAUAUUUCACAGAGUCUGAUAUGUACAAAUAAUUCAUUUGCUAAAGACAAGAAUCGGCUCACUCAUGAAAGAAGGGACUUGAGAAAAUUGUCUUCAGGGGAUGAAGAAUGGAAUAAUGCUGUUGUACCAACACCCGAACAGUCUGAGGACAGGAAUGAUUCUGCUGUUUUGCACAUGUCAGACUUUAGUAGUGCCACUCAGUCUGCAGUAAACCCAAGUCAUUCAGAAGGCAGUGAAAAAGAUGCUGGUCAGUCAGAAAGCAGUAAUGAUGCAGACAGUGAAGCCUCAGAGUGUGAGAGCUCUGUAAAACAAGCCAUUGUAGCUACAGAAGCUGUUACUUCGAAGAUAAAUAUAGUUACCUCUACUCACUCAGCAUCUGUUAGUGAAACAAAGCACAGUAUCCUGAAUGGGAGCUCUGUUGACCUUUCCAGUGCAAUGUCUAGACUGAGCCUUGACAUCAGUAACAAUCCUGACUCUGCCAUAGUGGAACAGAAACUUUGUUUUAAAAAUAAUACCCAUGAUAAUGUCAUAGAGAAACCAGUGGUUACGCAGAAUCCUCAAACGGCUUUUCAGACAUUAUCCCACAGUUACACAACUAGUUCAAAAGAAUGUUCUGUCCAGUCUUGUUUGUACCAGUUUACAUCUUUGGAGCUCCUUAUGGGAAAUAACAAAUUAUUAUGUGAGCACUGCACAGAAAGAAGACAGAAACAUCAGCGGAAGACAAACUCCUUGGAAAGGAAAACCGAGUAUGUGUAUACCAAUGCCCGGAAGCAGCUACUUAUCUCUUCUGUUCCGCCUGUCCUUGUUCUUCAUCUUAAAAGGUUUCAUCAGGCAGGCUUAAGCCUUCGUAAAGUUAACAAGCAUGUGGAUUUCCCAUUAAUAUUAGAUCUAGCACCAUUCUGCUCUCUGUCCUGCAAGAAUGUGACAGAGGGAGGCAGUGUCUUAUACAGUCUUUAUGGAGUUGUUGAACACAGUGGUUCCAUGAAGGGAGGUCAUUAUACAGCUUACAUAAAAGUCAGAACACCUGGCAGAAAAGCAGAAAACUCAGCCAACAAGAAUGUUCAAGGUGUGAAGGAAUCAGCUGUAGCUUCAGCGGGUCAGUGGGUUUACGUCAGUGAUACCCAUGUACAGUUUGUCCCUGAAUCAAGAAUACUUGGCUCCCAGGCCUACCUACUCUUUUAUGAAAGAAUCUUCUAAUCAGAUCAAAGAUGCUUCAGCUUUACAGUUAUGGCUUUCAGGCUUAAUUUUAAAACUGAUGUUGAAAUAAUUAUCAUAUCUACAAUUAUGUGCUCUUUUCUGGAAUUUUGCAGCCUGAUUAUUGUAUACAUUUUUGACAAAAUAUUAUAACAAUUGCAUUGUAAAUUUUCUGUAGGACACAUGCUGGUAUGAUUUUUAUUGUAUGGAGAAACAGAUACAGCAAGAGUUAUGGUGCACUUUUGAGAUAUGUGUGGGUGUGAUACACACAUUUACACACACACACGAGAGAGACCUCCUUAAAAAUACUAUGUAAACAUAGUACUAAUUUGGGACAAGUUGACAUAUGUUUUGCCAAAUAUAUAUAUUAAAUGUCAAGCAUUGUUUCACAUUUCAGAUUACACAGCAAAUAAAGCAAAAAUGCACAUUUAUAGAAACAAUGCAGAUAACUUAAAGAAAAAUAUUUUGGUAAUACUAUAAUAGUUUAUUUAAAUAACUGUAAAAUUAAUCUGAAUUAUAAAUAUAUGCAGGGUGUAUUUGUAUUGUACUACACAGUAUUUUUAUGGUAUUUUGGGAAUCCAUUAUUGUAUUCGAUGUAAGCUGUAAGCCCCAUACUGGUUUCAGUGGGCAUAUUGGAAUUCCUAGUAAAGUCAUGGCCUUGGUUUACAA